AUGUUGACCACGCUUGCCCCGCCAGCCGGGCCUGGGCUCUCCAGGCUGUUGUCUGCGGCCCCCGCGCGGCGUCAGGACUCCUCGGGUUCGUCUGGCUCCUACCACACCGCGCCGGGUUCUCCGGAGCCCCCGGACGUUGGGCCGGACACACAAGGCCGGGUGAAUUGGCUCUGGGUGGCCCCUGGGCGGGGGGUGGGCGCGCAGCCUCUCCUGUCCGUCAGCGCCCAGAAUAGCCGCCAGCAGCACUGCUCCGGCUCGGGUUUCCCGCGAGGCCCGGGCUCCGGCCCGCCGCCGCCGCCGCAGCUGCGCAUGCUGCCGUCGGGGGAGAUGGAAGUCAUCUUCAGUACCGGGCCACUGUUCAGCCACUCGGACGCCGAGGAUGUCCAAGUGCAGCCGCAGCUCACCGCGCCUGCCCUAAGCAGCCCGGCGCUGCAGGGACCGGUCUCUCCCGUCCCUGCUCCACCGCCGCCCCCAGCCUCCGAUGGGGACUCCCGCUGGGCCACCUACCUGGAGCUGCGGCCCCGCGGACCGAGCCCUGCGGUCUCCGCGCAGUUCGAGUGUGUGGAGGUGGCACUGGAGGAAUGCGCCGCGCCCGUUAGGUCCCGGACGGUGCCGAAGCGUCAAAUCGAGCUGCGUCCCCGGCCCCGGAGUCCCUCGCAGACAGAUGCGCCGCGCCCCCGACUGCUUCUGCGCACCGGCUCCCUGGACGAGUCGCUGGGCCGCUUGCAGGCCGCCGCGGGCAUCGUGCAGACGGCGCUGGCCAAAAAACUGGGCGCCACGGUCCCAGCCCCGAACAAUGACACUUUUAGGCCCACAGGAAGGUCAGAACCUACGGCUCAGGAAACCGCACGCAGCACUCGCGUGGUCCUGGAAGAGGCUAGGUCUCGGCCACCCCGUGCGCACCAGAGUUCGGUCCCCGCCAGAGCCCCGAAACCGUGGCCCAGUCUCCGCGAACGCGCCAUUCGGCGCGACAAGCCCGCGCCGGGCACCGAGCAGCUGGGCCCGGUUAGCUCCAGCAUCUUUCUGCAGUCAGAAGAGAAAAUGCAGGAGGCGCGCAACCAGGAGCCCAAGACUCGGUGCCCUCGUGAGGCUCCGGAUCAAACUGUCCCGAGGACACGGAGUCCACCCGUUCAGUCUAGAGCACCCUGGGUGCCUCCGAGCAGGGCUGUGAGACCGAAGAGCCCGUCCUCGCCAUGGCAGGCUCCAAACGGGACCGUGCGGGGUCCUCGCUGUCCGCUCCCCGAGAACCCUUCCCGGCGGGAAAGAACGGUUUGGACGGUGAGUAGCCCGUCCUUCCCGGAAGCAUCCUCCGCGCGGGGAAGUUGGAAUGCGGCCAUCGAGGAAGCCGUCAGAAGGAGGAGCCCUUCCCCGAUGCCUCUUUCCCAGUGGAACCCACCCCUCGGAGCUCCAUCCCCGUGGGAGGCUCCACAUGCGACAAGCGGGGAUGCUAUGGGGCGGGGUAGAGAAUGGUCCCCGCCAGCCUCGCAUCCAUGGGCGUCACCAGAUCGACCUACAGGAACGCGGAGCCCGUCGCCCCAAGAAACUUGGGGUCCUGUUGCGCAGAGCUCGUCGAUGGCGUCCGUGCGCGAAGCUAUGAACGGCCUAGCUCAGGAGCUGGGGCCGCCUACACCGUCUCCACCCGGGACUCCAGAAGUAACGGAGGUGCAGAGUCCGCCCACACGGGAGCACAUCGUUACUACAUGUCGAGCAAGUCAGCCGUCGCCAGAGGUGGAUGCCCCCGAGCCAACCCGGAGACCCGUCGUGGGCACCCUAGAUGACAGCCCGCGCCCAGAAGCCUCGGGCUCGGGAGAAGCGGCUUGUGGACGCCCGCGCGUGGCCAUCCCGCGGCCACGGGACGUGCGCAAGAUGGUGAAGACCACGUACGCUCCAAGCUUCACGGCGGGAAGCCCGGGGUCGGGGUCCACCGCCCCUCCCGCCGACCCCGGGGGGGAAGGGGAAGACCCGUCCAAAUCGCUCGAGGUCCGGGCCGCGGGGCCCCCAGCCCCGGCUCAGUACACUUCCAUUUUCCUCAAGGACUUUCUGCCGGUCGUACCGCAUCCCUACGAGGCCCCAGAGCCGUCCCCGCAAACGGUCCCUCGGGACGCCCCGCAGCCCAGCGGGGUCCCGCGGCGCAGGGCCGAGAACAGCACCGCGAAACCGUUUGCGCGCACCGAGAUCCGCUUGCCCGGCGCCCUGGCACUGAGCGGGCGGCCGCAUGGAACCCCGGAAGUCCGAGGGCGCGGUCCCAGCCGAGACGACCAAGAGCCCCGGGAUGCCGAAGGCCAACGCCCGGGCCCCGACGACCAGGCGCCCAGCGGUCCUUUAGACGGCGCUCGCACCUCACCCCGGCGGUCCCCUGUAGGACCAGCAGGGACCCCGCCACCCCGCCCAGGAUCCCCUCCGGUGUGCCCCAUCUUGAGCCCAGGAAUGGCACCCGACAUGGAGACACCCCCUGCGGCCCCGGAGCCUGCAACUCCCACUCCCCAGGCGGGCAGGACGGCCGCGCCCCAGCCCCGAGCUGCCUCGGCACCUCCUACGGAUCGGCUCCCGUCCUCAUCCGCCCAGGGGAGGCGGAGGCUGCCCGGCGCCGCCCCGCCCGGCAAGGUCCUCGUGGACCCGGAGAACGGCCGGUACUACUUCGUGGAGGCACCUCGGCAGCCCCGGCUGAGACUGCUCUUCGAUCCCGAAAGCGGGCAGUAUGUGGAGGUGCUGCUGCCACCCUCGUCCCCGGGAACGCCCCGCCACGCCUACACCCCGCUGGCCCUGGGGCCCAGUCUCUACCCGCCGGCCUACGGGCCUAUUCCAGGCUUGUCACUGCCGCCGUCACCCAACCUGCCACCCCUCGGCAGCCUCCAGCUUCCCUGGGCCCCUGACGGGGGUGCCCUCAACGGGACGUACUACAUGCCUGUGAGCGGGACCCCCAGCCCCGCCCCGCCUGUACUCUUUUGCGCCCCGCCCUCCAGCUCCGGAUCCCUCCAGCCCAGCAAGGGCUCGGUGUUCCCCUUGUGAGACCCCGUGGAGGUGGGGCACCCUAGACGACCCUGGACGUUCUGGUUCCCGAUCCCACCCCCACGCCCCGCCCUCCUUGCUCUCCGCCCAUCAACUCUUUGUUUCUUUGGUCAGUUCCAGCCAGUUAUCAGACCGGAAGUGAUAAACAGAGAAUGUACCUGGGUUGAUGGAGCUCAAGAAGUGGCUGGGUAUUUCUUCCACCAACAGUGUAUAUACCUUUCCCAGGGUGUGGUGUGUUUGUAUGUGUGUAUGCAGUCAAGCAAGUUUGUCAAAGUGAGGAGGCACCCCGAAGAGGUUUCCCAGGGUACUUGAAUGGGUGCAGCAGGGGCCAGGGGUACCUGUACCUCCCCUAACCCUGGAGCCAGUUAAUGCGGAGCUGGGCAGUGGGCUCUGCUGACAUGGAAGGGAAGGACUCCAGCUAUCGAAUCUAUUCUUUCGAAGGGGAGCUGAGUUCUGUCCUGGAAAGCUGUGGAAGAGAAAGUGAUUAAUGCAGCCCUAGGGCCAGGUUGCAUCUGAGGAAAGGAGCUGUAGGCUUUGGAGGUGGAGGUGGAUGGAGAAAGGAGGUCAUAUAGGGAGGGGUUCUAGACAGGCAGCCAGGAAUUGGAGGUGGGAGGACUCGGACGCGGUGGAUCUGGAUUACUGUGGUCCCCAAUGUCCCCACAUACUUCCUCUUUCUUCCUCUUAACCCAAGCCAUCCCGACCCAAGAAAGGGGCAGGCUGGGGAGAAGAGGGAGAAUGAUUAGGCUGAUGUCCCAAGGGAGCCUUAAGGCCCCCGUGGGUGGAUGGAGGGUGUGUUAGGACUGGCAGUAGGAAGGCUGCUCCUGUGGGGGAUGGGGGGCGGGCUGAAGCUCCAGCAGGUUUCACCCUCCAUGCUCCUCUAGGAAUAGAUGUAGCAGCAAUGCCAGAGGGAGUGUGGUUUCCUGGGCAGGCUGGUCACAGCACAGGAAAGACCCCAAAGUCUGUGCUCCAACCAACCUGAGCCUAAGCAGGAUGAGGGCGCUAAGAAGGGCCGCUGCGAGGUGAGAGGUGGUCUGCGCGGGAGUCGGGUACAGUUUUGAGCCUAAAAUGGCUGGUCCUGGCUGGACUGUGUGAUGUGGGGCAUUUGGGGAAGGAUCGUUCCCUUUCAAAGCAGUGUCAGGGAUGAGGAUGGAUGACUUUCUUGUUCCAGGCCUCUGUGUGCCAAGAUCCCUUGGAGUCUCUGUCCUUUGCUCUGUACUGGAAGCUGGCUAGAAAAGAGAGUUCCUGGAACCUUUGCCAGAGAUGCUGGUCUCAAUGGUGUGGAGGGCCAUGAGGCCACCUGGGCACUUCACCUCAUCCUGUGUGCAAUA